AUGCGUUCAACGCCAUCCCUUCUUGGGUUUGACCAAGGCGUGCCCUCUCGUCCCAACCAUGGGGAUUCCUUGACCUUGCACAGGGUUUUUUGGACUGGUGACAGUGUGCCGGGAGACGGCAGACCUCUUGCCCUUGCUCUGGCCAGCCGGCAGCGCGUUGGUAGUCUCUCAAAGGCCUACCAAAAUUAUUGGAACCGCUGCUUCGCCUCGUUUAGCCGAUUCCAUGCUGCCCAUUGUGAUAGAUUGAUUCCCACCAUCAUUCAUCAUGCCCGUUUAGUGUCGGAAGAGAAAGCCAUUUCCCUGAGCGAGAAGCGAAAUCUGCCUUUUACUUCCAAAAGCGGAGAGAUUGUCGGUGACUUUUCGAAGCUAAAGCGGAAGUUAGAAAAUUCGGGUUCUCACAGCACCGGGAAAAGUGUUGUACAUGGGAAACGGAAGCGAGAGGAAAGCUACAGCGUCGAGAAAAGGCAAGCUGUAAAAGGGCCGAAAAGGUUCAUCCCCAAGGUAGCAGCAAGUGGUCCUCCUAGCUCAAGAAAAGUUGCCUUGCCAGAGCCUUUGCAGCAGCAGCCUGUAGCUUCCGGCAGCAGCGAGCGAGCAGCUCCAAGAACUUCAUCUCCUCACAGUACUACCCAAAGUAAAGGCAAGGGUAAGGGGUUUUCCGUGACCCCGAAGCGUCGAAGCAUGCGUAUCCUUGAAACGCGAUUUGCUAAUACCCGUAAGAAUAAAGGUGAAGACUCGGGACCCAAAAUAGUGGUGACUGUUGAUGAUAAUAGUGAUGAUGAUAGUGAUGACAGUGGUGCUGUGGGGACUGAUAACAUCCAUUAG